GAUAGUUGCACUUGUACCAGUAGGUUGGUACUGUUACCGUACGUUUCGGAGGUUGAUACAAAUUAGUAUCGCUUAUUUUUAUUAUCAGCAAUAAGAGUCAUGCGUUGGUUGUAGUUGAAAUAAUAAAUAGUACCCUCUGUCAAGAUGAUAGGGGGUUUAUUUGUAUAUAAUCACAAAGGAGAAGUACUCAUCUCCAGAGUAUAUAGAGAUGACAUUGGACGAACUGCGGUCGAUGCAUUUCGUGUUAAUGUCAUUCAUGCCAGGCAGCAAGUACGGUCGCCUGUUACCAACAUUGCAAGAACUUCAUUCUUCCAUAUAAAACGAGCUAACAUUUGGUUAGCUGCUGUCACCAAGCAAAAUGUCAAUGCAGCAAUGGUGUUUGAGUUCUUGUUAAAAAUCAUUGACGUUAUGCAGUCAUACUUUGGCAAGAUUUCUGAGGAGAACAUUAAGAACAACUUUGUAUUAAUUUAUGAACUAUUGGAUGAAAUUUUGGAUUUUGGGUAUCCACAGAAUUGUGAUACUGGAGUAUUAAAGACAUUCAUUACUCAACAAGGAGUAAAAACAGCGACCAAAGAAGAACAGGCUCAGAUAACUUCCCAAGUAACUGGUCAGAUUGGAUGGAGACGAGAGGGUAUUAAGUACAGACGCAACGAGUUAUUCCUGGAUGUACUUGAAUCUGUAAAUCUCUUAAUGAGCCCUCAAGGCCAAGUGCUUAGUGCUCAUGUUGCUGGAAAGGUCGUGAUGAAAUCUUAUUUGUCCGGUAUGCCAGAAUGCAAGUUUGGAAUCAAUGAUAAAAUUGUUAUGGAAUCUAAAGGUAUGAAAGGUGGCGGUGGUUUGGGAGGUGGGGGAGAUGAUCCUACCGGUGCUAGAUCCGGUAAACCUGUUGUUGUUAUCGAUGACUGCCAAUUUCAUCAAUGCGUUAAACUCAGUAAAUUUGAAACAGAACAUGCAAUUAGUUUCAUUCCACCCGACGGCGAAUUCGAGUUGAUGAGAUAUCGUACAACUAAGGAUAUAUCAUUGCCAUUCCGUGUCAUUCCAUUGGUGCGCGAGGUGGGCCGUACAAAGAUGGAAGUAAAAGCAGUCCUAAAAUCAAAUUUUAAGCCAUCCCUGUUGGGACAAAAGAUCGAAGUACGCGUACCGACGCCUUUGAACACCGCGGGUGUACAAUUGAUUUGUUUGAAAGGAAAAGCGAAGUACAAAGCGUCGGAAAACGCGAUUGUAUGGAAAAUCAAACGCAUGCCUGGUAUGAAGGAAACUCAGUUGUCCGCGGAGAUUGAUUUACUUGAAACUGACACCAAGAAAAAAUGGACACGACCUCCGAUAUCGAUGAGUUUCGAGGUACCGUUCGCGCCAUCCGGAUUUAAAGUACGCUAUUUGAAAGUAUUUGAAUCCAAAUUAAAUUAUUCCGAUCACGACGUGAUAAAAUGGGUGCGAUAUAUAGGCCGAAGCGGGCUGUACGAGACACGAUGUUAACGUCUCGUUACAUAAAUUGUAAAUGAGUAAUCUCAAUGCAUAAAUACGAUUUUUUAAAAAUUGUUUCUUUUGCGACGCAUAUACCGAGCAGUUCUCCGAAAUACUCGGAUCAGUUGGCAAGCGAUUAAGAGGCGAAAUAAUGGGGAUACCAAGAGGGAAAAGUUUUUUGUGCCAAUGUUUUUUGUCAUCUGAUUUUUCAUAUUGUGCGUUAUAUUUUACCGUAACGUGUGCAUUAUAUUUAAGAACUGUUUUAUACAUUUUAUUUUAUCUGAAUUUUAAUAGAAAUCGCGUUUCAAAGAAGGUUGGCGUUUGUAAUUUCGUACAACGAUAUAGAUUUUAUUCCGAAUGUACAAGAUCUGUGUAACAUUGUAUUUAGUCAUCGUACAUUAUGUUGAUAACAUCGUUCGUUUAUUUGCUCAAGAUGAAAAACAAACCUCUUCGGUAUCAAUAUGACAAAAAAAGAAAAAAUACUAUAAGUAUUGCUGUGAACAUCGAGGAUAAAUGUAACAUAUGCGCAAUGAACUUUUAGGUUAUUGAAAACAUUUGUUGUCAACUAUGAAAAUUAAUAGAGAAUGUCUUGAUUUACUGUAAGGAAAGAAUUAUGUCUCUCUAUGUUAAUAUUCAUAUGCAUAAUAAAGUAUAUAUGUGAUUUAA